AUGCACUGCGUCUAUAAUAUUUCACUUCCACAUGGCAAGGUGCAAAAGCUUACGUUUCAAAUAUUUGAACUGGCGUUUGAUCAAGAAUGCAGGUGAGAGUACUAUUUGUUGAUUAAGCCCGUUUUCCAUAUAAUCUGUAAAGGCCUGCGGUAGCCAAAAGCUCUAUUACCAUAUUUGUCAGUUCUAGCUCUUUGCCGACAGAGUAGUGAACGUGAGGCUUCAGUCUGCAGUCUUGUCUUCAAGGAGAAUCUUCAAUUCAAUCCUCUUCUCAACUGAAAGCUAGUGCAAUUUUUUUUUCUCUAAACUUAAGUAUUCCAUUAGGUAUGUCAUAGGUAUCUGAUCAAGAGAUGACAUUUUAAGUCCAUUAUACGAAAGAUAGUUUCGCAUGUUCCGAUUAAUUGAUCUCAUCACCAGAUUAGCUUGCGGAGCAAUACGCAUAGCCGAAGGGUAACAAGAACAUCAUAAUUCGGAUGUUUAAGGUUGAUAGAAACAUAAACUUGACUAUCUUCAGCAUAGAACAUGUUUGUCUAUACCUGACUGAAAAAACGUUGUCGCUUGAAAAGUAUAAACCAUGAAAGGUGGGACCUAAUGGAUUUAUGGGUUCUUUCCAGAAGUGUUUACACAUCGAAGCUUCCAAACGGUCGUCGCCGUUCUGCCUUCUGAUCGGGCAGAAAAACAAAAGUUUUCUGGCACCAAUCAGAAGUCAGAACGGCGGCGACCGUUUGGAACUGGUCUGGUAAGACAGUGUCCCCAGGGGCUCUUCUCGCCGUUCUUUACUUUUCUUCGUGCCACAUUUUUCCGCCCGUUUAGACUAUCCCUCGCCCCCACUAUCUGCCCCUGGGUCUCCGAGGAUGCAAGGAUACCAAUCUUUCCGCUGAAAACGCUAAGUUCACGAAACGGUCGUCAUUUUUGUGUUGAAAAACCAACAAAAGUGUCAUCACCAUACAGAUAUGUAUCCUGAACAGAAGCAUAUAAAAGGAAUUUGUUUAUUGCCAACCCGUAAAUGCUGAAUAUUUCCUUCGCAGAUUCGACUACUUGAACAUUUCAGAUGGUGAUAAUUUUAUUGGCCAAUACUGCGGUGACCUAACGGGAAAAGUUAUUUUUGUUUCACGAGACUAUCUGGUGUUGACAUUUCACUCCGAUGAGGUAUUUGAUCCUAACAAAAGAGGAUUCGAAAUAAUUUUUGCGGAAGAUGUUAACGCGCCUGGUAAGUGAAUACAAAAAUCAACAUCUAUAAUUCAAUACACAGUCAAGAGAAAGGUUAUGAAAAUAUAUAUGAUCACCGAAGGGAAACUACUUUGUUCUUAUAUCAUAUGGAAAUGAACGGAGAUCACAGUGGAGAAUAUGUUCGCGGAGUUUCCAGUUUUCCUUGUCUGCAAGUAUAAUGGUCAAGGAAAAGACUGAAAAGAUUCAGUGUUAUUUUGAGAUUGCUCUCGAAAAAAGGACCGGCUUAGUGUUGAAUAACCUAAACUAGCCGACAUUUUGUGACCCCACAACUGGUUUUCCGGCUAAAUGACGCCUGCAGAAAUUCGAUACUGAUCACGUGUCACUACCCAGAGCUGGGUAGUGCUUCUCAUAGGUUGUCGCAAACGAAAUUUGCCUCAGCCAGUCAGAAGCACUACCCAGAUCUGCGAAAUGACACAUCAUCAGUGUGGAAUUUCUACAGUCGUUCUUCAGACUUCACUUCUCGGGGAAACCAUUGGUGGGGUAAAUCGACCGUUUUCUCAGACUCCGUAAUGAAUUAGUUUUACUUUGACUGUAUCUUUCAGCGCUAUGUCCAGUAGGAUGGAUACUCAGCCUUCAUGGUUCAUGCUAUAAAAUAUCUUCCAACCAACUGGACUGGAACUCAGCGAAGUCCGCCUGUAACGACCAGGGAUCAAGCUUAGUUAUACUGAACUCGUUGGAUGAAAUAGGAGAGCUGAUCAAAAGAACAAAGGGCCAGACGUGGAUUGGCUUAAAGCGAGAUCUCAUGAACCAUUCAAGCUGGAAAUGGGUUGAUGGGUCUGGCGCUUUUUAUAGCUACUGGUUGAGUGGAGAGCCGAACAAUCACGGAGGCAACGAAGAUUGUGUUGUAAUGAACCCUCACAUAGGAACAUGGAAUGACCAAGGGUGUGGGAAAUCUCAUUAUUACGUUUGUGAAAUCAACGGUAACACAACUUUCUAUGAUAAUAAGUAA